AUGGAGAGGGACAGCACGGCGGCCCAGAGCGACGAGACAGUGAGAUCGCCCGGGCCAGCGGCGGCCGAGGCAGCAGUGACUGCGCCGCCGGCCGCGACCCGGCCGUACUACGAGUGCGUGUUCUGCAAGCGCGGGUUCACCACGGCGCAGGCGCUGGGCGGGCACAUGAACAUCCACCGCCGCGACCGGGACCGCGUCAAGCCGGCCCCCGCCCGCCGCCUGGACGCGCCAGCCACCAAGUGGUAUGGGCACUCGGCGUCCUAUCCGCCACCGCAGCUGGCAGCAUCGCCAACGAGCAGCGGCAGCUUCGCCAUGUUGUACUACACGAGCGGCGCCGGCGCUGCGGCCGGAGUGGACGUGGAUCUGGCCCUGAGCCCUGGUACCCCUAGCCCGAGGGAGCUGAGCCUGUUCGGUUCCAAAGACGACCAUGAUCGUGACUUGCAACUGGGCCUUGGGUUCCACGGGAGCGGGUGGCGCGCGCCGGAAGGGCUGCCAGAGCGGAAGCAGGACGGCGAGCCGGCGGAGAGGAUGCAGCUGCUGGACCUGGAGCUCAGGCUCGGGCCUCGUCCCAGGCACUGA